GGAACUGUAACGUGCAGUUUUGUGUAACGGUCAGGCGUUCGUAACGGUCGUGUAAGAACAUUCUACCCUAUAUAUAUAUAUAGCCAGGGCUUGCGAGCUAGCAUCGCAGCUAGCAGUAUAUUGGUGAUAACAGCUGAUUUCUUUCACUUGCUGAGUGAAAACCUUGUGUCAGGACCUUGACGGUUUUAGAGGGACUGAAUUCGCCAGAGGCUGCCUUGUGUCAAGAGGACAGUGGUGGGGUUAUUUCAGAGGAGCGAGUUUGUUUUUUUCUCAGUGGACGUGCUAGCAGCCUCUGUAGCCAAACAGUAAAAGUGACGACGUGUUGUGUGACCAGCUAGCAAUGGUGCAAGGACGGGGGAAGCGUCAUCAAACCAGCAGAAAGAAAAGCCUGUGGGUUCAUCUGUCCAACAGAACACACCUCGUACUCUGCACUGACUGUUAAAAUGGUGUAACAGCUGUCAAAAGUUCUGUUUGACAAACUUCCUUCAGAAAACUGGACACAACCUCCACAAAGAUGGAGGACAGCCCUCACGUGUACAUCUCUGAAUUUCGACACAAUGAGGAUAUGGAGGAGGGGGAGGAUGAAGAUGUUUAUGAAGAGGAAGUAAACAUGGAACCAGACAUGAUGAAUUCACUGUACCCAGAUCAGAAACACCCCAUUCAGGAUACUGAGAGAGAGUGGAACUCUUUUCCCUGCCAGCACUGUGAGAGACAUUUUACCAGCAAACAAGGCUUGGAACGACACAUGCACAUUCACACUUUGGCAAACAGCGAGGCACACACUUUGAAAGGCAAUAAGAGCAACUUGUCUUUUAGUUCAAAUGUGGAUAAGGUGCAGCACGAGAAGGUGAAGCCUGUGGAUUCAGAAGGCUUAGCCAUGCAGUUUCCUACUUCAUCCACCAUCACUGCUCAGCCAGACAGACAGGAGCUAUCAGACGGCCAUCAUGCUUGCAAGUACUGUGAAAAGAUAUUCACUACACAUACCAACAAGCGACGGCAUGAGCGCAGGAUCCACGAGCAGCAUUUGCAGCUCACACAGGUGGAAAAAACCCAAGAGCCACCCCAGGAGGAAAAUCUUGAACGGAUAUUGAGUGAAACAUCUCAACACAAAACAGAGCUUAGUGACAAUAUGGCACCUGCAACUCCUCUGGAGAAUGAAGGAGAACAAUACAUGCUAGAUGUCUCUAGCAAUAUUUCAGAGAAUCUCAGCUUUUACAUUGAUGGGAAGAUAGUGUCAACAAGUACUGUGAGUAGUUGUGAAACAGCUGAGGUUCAUUCUGGGUCUUCAACUUUAGUUAGACUGGAUUCUCUGAUUCUAGACCCCACCCAAAUCAAUCAGGUUUUAAAUAUUGACUCAGUUGCAGGCAAAGAGAUACCUGGUCAACCAUUGACCAAGAGAAGAACUGCAACACCACCUCUUUUACCACAAAUUAAAACUGAACUGGAGUCUGAGGUGGUUGUGUCGUCAUCCUCAUCAUCACUUGUAUCUUCUUUAAUAGAGAAUCUACUUCCUCAAAAUACAGAGUCUACCAUUGUGCAGAAGGAAAGAACAGUGUUUCUGUCACCUAAGCUUAAGCAGCUCCUGGAGAAACAGGAUGGCCUUAAACCUACACUUGCCCUCAUCACAGAUGGUCAGAAGCCUUGUUCACCUGUCUCUCUCUCCGUCCUGCCUGCUGGAACAGGGAGGUUUAAAAGAAGGACUGGAUCUCCACCAAGCUCCCCGCAGCAAAUCCCAGCAUCUAACGAAGAAACACCAACUCUAGAUUCCGCAGAUAGUGACGCUGUAAACACAGGACAGAUGGAGACUCAGCAUAGCUCCUCACCUGUGCACCAAACAGUCAUCGAGAAGGAUGACACAACUCCGUCUGUAGAGGAUCAAGCAGUGAAACCUGUCUUGACAGAGAACUGGCCCACCAUGACCGGAGGUAAUUCCUGUAACCAGCAACCACUGGAUCUCUCUAAUACAGUCAAAAGAGAUGAAGAUGUAACUUUAGCUGAUGCUGUGCUGGAUUUGAGUUUACAGAAAAAGACCCAAGGUGAAUCUGAACAGAGCUUAAAUUUUGUUUCACAGGCAGUUUUGAAAGAAGGAAAAUCAAAUACAUGCAUAGUGGCGAAGGACUUGGUGAACACCGGAGAGCAAAAUAUAAGCCAAGGGAAUCUUGAGACCCCUUUAGUCACAGACUUCACCAUAGUUACAGGUCCAGAUAUGAUGACCCCAAUGGAACCUGUUGCAGAAGGACUUGUUUAUGGACUUGCCCUACCCCCCAAUUCUCUGACUCCAUCACCGGCUUCCCUUACCCCAGUUGCUAUGCAGCCAGCUUCACCGUGCACUAUAGCAUUUGCUUCCCCACCCUCACACACCAUGCUUCCAACGACUACUUCAUUAAUCACAGUUUUGUCACCACCACCCAUUUCUAACCCUUCGACCCGACCAAUCCAGGUAUUAGCCCCAAACCUUUCUCCUGAGCCCUUGGUAAUUUGCACGGAAAAUGCAUUAAGUUCUUCAGAGUGCGAUUUAACUACUGCAUUUGCCACCACAAAUUCUGCAAACCUUGUCACUCUUUCCCAAUCCCUUGACCCGACUCUAAAUUUACCCAGCCACGUGUUUCUCACUGAUCAAAUAUCUCUCAACACACCUAUGGUUGAGUCAACUCCUGUGUCAGAAGUGCCGUUCACACCCACUGUGACUUUAAAUGAUUCCCUCAUCAACUCUUAUAACAUAACCAGCAACACAGUGUUGAUAGAGUGCACAAUAGCUCUUGAGGCCCCAGGGAGUGUAGUCCCUACUGCAAUUACCUUACAAGAAAACACAGCUGAGCCUCCAGCGCAGGUGGUUGUUAAUCAUAUAGAACAGCAACAGAUUGUAUCAGUGCCCAACUCUCAAACUGUGGAGCCCAACGUUCUUGUCUCCUCCAUCUCAGAGUCGGUAUCUCUAUCUGCCACCACCUCAGUAAUAUCUGAUUGUCCUCCUGUGGGUGAGUCAAGUCCUGACCCAGAGCCUGUUGUUGAUUCAGAGCCACCAACUGUUAAAGAGGAGAAAGCUGCUGACAGUACCGUUUCCACACCCAAAAUCCCAUCUAAAACCUCACCUUCAUCUGAGAAAGUUGAAGAGGACGAAUCGUCAAACAGCACACCGAAUGAUACGCAACAUCCGACAUUCACCAAGAAUUUCAUCUGCAAUGUGUGCGAUAAGCUUUUCCAUUCAAUGAAAGAACUAGGCGACCAUGUGGGCGACCAUGCUGAUGAAUGGCCUUAUAAAUGUGAGUUCUGCGUGUUGCUCUUUGGCAAACCGUCCGCUUUGCUUGACCAUAGAUUAAGCCUCCACGGUGUCGGCAAGACUUACGUAUGCAGUGUGUGUACAAAAGAAUUUGUCUACCUUUGCAAUCUGAAACAGCACCAGGAAGAAUUACAUCCCGGCCAGCAGUGCACAUACACAGAAGAAGAAAAGGGAAAACUAAGACCUCAGAACUACAACAACUCCAUAAAAGUCAACGUGGAGGCUUCAGUGCCCGAUGCUUCAGAGGAACCCAAGAAACUGGUGAAAAAGGAAGAAGGUGAGGUAGAUGUGGCAGCUGAAGAACUGUUUACAACAAUAAAAAUCAUGGCCUCAGAUGGAGGCAAAAUCAAAGGACCUGAUGUUCGUUUUGGCAUUAACCAACAUUAUCCCAGUUUUAAGCCCCCUCCAUUUCCUUACCAUAACAGAUCGCCUGCUGGCUCACUAGCUUCGGCCACAAACUUCACCACCCACAACAUCCCACAAACUUUUAGUACGGCUAUUCGAUGCACCAAGUGUGGAAAAAGCUUUGAUAACAUGCCAGAGCUACACAAGCAUAUUCUGGCCUGUGCAAAUGCCAGUGAUAAAAGGCGAUAUACACCCAAAAAGAAUCCCAUCCCACUACGCCAUUUUGCAAAAGCUCAAAAUGGAGUUCUGUCUACCACUAAUUCUACCAAUGGACUUAAUGCUAACAGACCCAGCCAGUCAAACAGGUCCAAACACAACCAAGAAUCACCAGUAAAGGUGAAGUUCAAGGUGAUGAACAAAAGGAAGAAAAGGUUGGCCCAAAGGGUCAUGCCACAGAGGAAUAAGUCAGUGUCUUCAUCGAAUAAAAUGUCACCUGCACAGGUGGAUGAGCAGCAGGAGAACUUUGUCUGCCCGCACUGUAGCAGGGAGUUCACAAUGCGUCGCAGCAGAACCAAGCACAUGGCGGUCUGCCCCAAGAAACCGAAAGAGGUGAAGAAAAGGAAAGAAGGAGGAAUCUCUGUGACAAAGGAAAAUGAUGGACACUUGCAUCGAGGAGUUGAAGAGAAACAAUCCUCACCUCCACACAAAACAAGACUCCAGACUUCUGGCCCGGCCAAGAGGCCCGCCAUCCUGCCAGUGCAAACUGUCUUUUCAAACAAAAGAAGUAAAAUAAUUAUCAAAGAGAGCAUGCAGCGGAAACAAGAGGCACCCACUCUGAAUGAGCUCCCAAUUGUUCGCACUUUCAACCCCUCUAUGCGUCAGUAUAGCAGAGUGCAGCAUAGCGUCAAAGGACUCCCCAUUAAAAUCACCAUAGUGAAACCACAACAGACUGCACCACAGAGGGAUGAGCUGCCUCCCGCCCAGAGCCGAGAAGAAGCAUCCGGAGGCGUUAGCAGCAGCUCUGAGCAGAGUCGCACAGCUUGAGGACGACUCAGCAGGCCCAACGGGGAUCACCAGGACCCUGCUGUGUGGACACACACUUGUGUCACGGUGAUACUAAAGGUAGAUAACUGCUAAUCCCACUGUAAAGCCCAUGUAUUCAUAGAUGACAUCAUACUGUACAAUAAAGGACUGAAUUGAGGACGGAUCAAAGAUGAGUUAAGAUACUGCAGUGAGUGGACACGUUUAAAGUAUUUAAAUGCUUUUGUAGUAGCUUUGGAGUUUUGUAAAUUUCUCCUUCAUUUCUAAAACUUUCUGACAACGGCUUGGAUUUGCACUUUGAAGUUAAUCUGAAUGCUACAUGUCACAAAUUGGAAGGGAAGUGGGAGGAAUAGAGCUGGAAGGCUGCUCUAAUUUCAUACUUGGUGGGUUGUUUAGAGAGGAUGGCAGGUGGCAAUCAUUUUCAGCAUGCAUUUGCACUUUUCCUUAUCUGUUGUCUGUGGCCUUUUUGGGUUCAACUCUUACUGCAUGCUGUGAGCUCGUACGACAGCUACAUUAAGUUCGGAUGGAUUAUGUUGAUGAAAUUAGGCCUUAAACAGUGAAUCUGAUGUUGGUCUGACUGAUAAUAACCAGUGUAAUUACAUGGAAGACAGAUCAAGAUUGCUUCUAAACACAAGAUCCGGAAUGAUAGAAAAGUAACACGCUCUAUAGUAUAGGGUCAUGUACAAUUAAUUAAGGAUAUCAGCAGCCAAUAAUGUCAGUGUUUUCAUUAUUGGUGUGAAUGUAAUGCUGUUAGAUUUAAUGCUGCGACUUUGCAAAUCUAAAUUGUAUAUAAUCUGGUCGGUCCAGUUGCUACUGUACGUAUUUGUAUGAAGGUUUUGAGAAUAAUGCUCUCUAUGUGCCAGCAAGUAUAUAUGUAAUAUGACUAAAUAUGGCAUAAAGGCAAUGACUACAGUGUACUUGCACUGCAAUCCAACAGAACAGAAGUACCAUGUAAUGUUCUGUACAGUUCGGAUGCAUCAUUGCCACUUUUACAACAAUGAGAGUUCAAUUUGAAACAGCGUCGACAGAGCCAGCUCCAAUGCUUGGCCUCCUGAAAUAUUUUACAGUAGUCCAGUUUGGCAUGUAGGCUUUAUUUUUGCAAAGGUUUCACAAAAUGCUUGUCAGAAAUAUAUGUGUGUGUGUGUGUGUGUGUGUGUGUGUGUGUGUGUGUGUGUGUGUGUGUUGUUUUGUUUUGUUUUCUCAUUCAACGACUAGAUUUCUUCAUAUUAAAAGUGCAGUCUCUUUAGGUCUUUGUCAUCCGUAGCAUACAGGCACUUCAUCAUUGCUUAUAAUCUGUAUAACAGUGUGUGAAAUGUGUGUAAUGAUUUCCAAUAAUUAUAAAUCACAAAACGGAAAUGGAUCACGGGAUAUUUUUUUGCUAGAACCCUGUAGUGACACGUGAAAAUGUUUUAUUUAAUUUUUUGUAAGUUACUAGUUUGAUGAUCUAAUGCUAUACAGGGUAGUUCUUUCAUUAUGAUUUAAUGAAGUUAUAUUCAUUUUGGCAAACUAAAACUUGACAGUGGCCUGUAUCUGAAAGAGAGAGUGUAACGGUACUUCUAUUUUACAUUUUUGCCUUUUCAGUCUUUGCUGGUAAUAUUUCCUUUUAUUGAGAUAAACUGCAGUGUGUUGGAUGUACAGGACCGUUUGGAGACUGUUAUUUAACUGUGAAAAGUGCUUGUAGCAUUUCAAAGUGUAAAAUAAGUCAUGUAUAUUUAUUAAUAAUUUAAAAUCAUGUUAUCAAUCUCUGAACAGUUCUUCUGUAUGAUUUGCACUAAAGGUUUUUCAAGCGAGUAUUAAAAAUAAAUUGAGAAUGUUCAGGUUAUGUGUGAAGUUUGUGUGAAACUUUCUUUAAUAAACACAUUAAAUUAA